CCUUGGAUGUAGCCACAGUGUUCAGCAUGCAGACUAUUAAGACGGUGGAGACCCAAAUGCCCUUUCUUAAAGAGAGUUUCUUCACCACCACUUUCAAAGGCAGGAGAAAGAGCAGUGUAACCAACAUCCUCCGGAAACAACAACAGCACUCACUCCUGAAUCUACAACAGCAGCAUCAACAAUGCAUUUUAGAGCAGCAGCAUCCUGCAUCCAUUCUUUCCCCUGCGGUCGAAAUUGGACAAGGACCGAGCACUCCAGAGCAUCAACGCCUUGCUCGCUCAAAAAGCAGCCCGUUAUGCAAGACGGCAGAGCGUGCAGGAGCAGAUGGGGAUAGAAAGGAGGAGCAAAAAGUGAGGAAGGAUCAGAGAGUGAGCGAGCAUGAGCUGGGGAGGAGGGAGGGAGAGCGGGGAGUGAGUGGUAGUGAGCCCGCGGCUGUCAGUGCCAGUCUCCUCCUACUUUCAUCAUCAGCAUCAGCAGCACUGGGGGAGGCAGCAUCAUUCUCACAGCUGCCUCUAACUGUGGUGGGCAGACAGCAGGGAUCAGAUAGCUCUGAAAGGGCUCUGACCAACAGAGAUCCAGCAUUAGUAGCAGCCCCGGAGGAAUCACAGCAUGCCCAGCAGCUUCGACCCCAGCAACAUGGCCUGUUAGCCAAGGGUGUCCGCUUGUUCAGGAACAUGGGGAACCAGGAGGCAAAGCAGAAGAAAGGAGCGGGAAAUGGUGGAGCAGCAGGGGAUGCGGCCUGUGACGGUGAUGCUGAUGAGAGGGAAGUGGACAAGAAAUCCAAAAAGUCCCACAGUAAGUCGAGCAAAGGAGGGGGAGAAAAUAGCAAUAAGAAGAAGUCAAAGUCAGAAUCGAAGGGUUCUGUGUUUUCUGGCAUGAAGAUUAGGAAGAGUUUAUCGAAGGCCAAGGGGUUGUCCAAGGAUGACAUGCUGGAAGAUGGCAGGUCAGCACCCUUGGGCAAAUCAGGGCUCAAGCCUGGUGUAGAGGCGAGUCUGUCAGCUGACGAGAUUGGCUUUCUAUCAGAUGUGGAGGGCGAUCCAAGCCACUUGACUGCAGACAGUCACCAUUCGUUGGUAGAAGAAACUUGUAGGAAAACAAGUUCAGGCUCCGAUGCUGACCUCUACAGUUUUCACUCAGCAGCUGCUGAAAAUGAAGACCUGCUCUCCGACAUCCAGCAGGCCAUUAGAGACCAAUGUGUCGCCAGUGAAAAGGUACUGGAAAUGGUGGCUGAAAGUUUGAUCUCUGAGAGGGACAAACCCCCUGAGAAAGUACCAUCUGAGCUGUGUUCUGAUCUGGAUACAGAUGUUUCCGCUCCCACCGUUGCCAGAGAAUGUGUGCCUCUAGAAGAGAAUAAGAAAUUAGAGAACGACAGUUGUGAAAUACCCAUAUCAAGGAAUUCAUCUGGUCCAGGAUCCUUGAGUGGGAGUGGUCCACCAUCAUCAACACCAGACACAGAAAGAAGCAGUGGUAGCAUUUUCCCCAAAACAAACAGCACAUAUAGCUUCCAUGAAACUACCACCACCACCAACACCUCAUAUGAGAGCGCUGAGGAGCCCCAGGAUGACCUGGAGAGUCCCGUUUUGCACCCAAAUGGUCAAGGAACUCUGUGUGUGCCAUGUGUCAGGUUGGAUCCUGUGGUGGCAGGAGCAGGGCCGAUUGGGUGUCACAAGAGUGUGAGUAGCAUGGACUUGUCAAUUGAGAGGGAGGGGGAGGAGGAAGACAUUCGAAGACGUGACUUCCUGUCACUGAAAAGGAGGAAGAGUAGUAUGUCUUUCAGCCAGCUAACACCGGACAUCAUCCCUAGUUCUCAGACGAGACGGAAGUCCUCAACCUCCCCAUCCACUGUCAAACUCUACCCUCCAGUCCACCCCUCUUAUGUUAAGACCACUACCAGGCAACUCACCUCUCCAAUUGGCUCUCCCAUUACCAGCCCCAAUGUGCCCAGGAAAAUAGAUGUCACCAUUGGUGCAGUGGAGUCCAGCAGGGCCCAACAAUUUAGGAGGCACAAGCAGAGGUCCUGCUCCAUUGCCGGGCCAUUCGGAGCGUCCACGGACUGGCUCACAGAGCUGGAGGAGCUUAGAGCAAGGCAGUGUGAUGGAGACAAAUUCUCAGAGCCGGAGACAAUAGAAAAGAGUCAAGCAAGCGGGACUUACUGGACUCUGGGCUCCAGGAGAGCACAUCAUGGAAGGAAGAGUUCCAUGUCCACAGUACCCUACCUUGAUGUCUUCUCUGGUCGCACUCUGUUGGACCGGCUGUGCACGCAUCAUGGAGAUGGCUCUGCAGAAGAGGAGGCGAAGGAAUUCUGUCACCGAAUGUUGGUCCAAGGUCUGCUGCACCCCUUCAGUGACAGCACCGCAGAGCUACAUGGUGGAAGCACUGUAUCCACAGUCUUCAAUGAGGAGCAGCUGUACACGUGGGCCACUGUAGGCCUGCCAGUGUCUUCUCACCUGUGGGAGCUGUAUGGGGGGCGGACCACAGGCAGAGAGCAGAGCUUCAGAUCCACUUUAAAUCAGUCAUCAGCUAAGACCCCAGGAGCCCUCCACUCUCAGACAGAAUCAUGCAGGUUGAAAUCAGGUCAGUCUUCCUCAGAGGAUGAAAGCUGUCUCAUCCCUCAGCUGGAGAGGACCAUCGAUGACCUGCGGAUUAAGAUCGCUCUAUUGCAGGGCCAGCAGGCCUCCUUGGCUAAUGCUGGAGCCCCGGGCGCUACCAGCCACAACGCCUCACAGAUGAGAAGAGGGCUGUUAGCAAAGACGAGCAAGGAAAUAUCUGUGCAGACGUCGCCCGUGGAGGACGGGUUUAAGUUUGUGCCUUCCAGCGGAGGAUCAGGGGCUGUGUCAUCCUCUGUUUCAUCCGCCAUCCCCAAAUCUGAGAGUUUUGUUUGCAUGUGCCAGCAGAAGACUCAAAGCAGCCUCCAACCACCACCUCCUCCUCCUCCUCCAUCUUUGGUGGUGCUCCCCCCUCCUCCACCUCCUCCUCCACCACCUUUACCAGGAGGUGUUGCCCCUCCUCCACCACCACCUCCCCCUCCCUUACUUGGACUUGGAUCCUGUCCACCACCACCUCCACCUCCUCCACCACCAGGUUUUGGUCCUCCACCUCCCCCUCCACCACCUGGUUUUGGCCCUCCACCGCCGCCCCCUCCACCUGGAAUGGGCCCCCCUCCUCCACCCCCACCCCCAGGCUUUGGGCCUCCACCUCCACCAGGCCUCAUGCCCUCUAUGAUGGUUCAGGAAGCUGCCCCUGCCAAGGCAGCAAUCGAGCCCCCCAAGCCAAUGAAGCCGCUGUACUGGACCCGCAUACAGCUCCAUGCUAAAAAACCCGUAGGCUCAAUUGUGUGGGAGAAAAUCGAAGAACCAAGUGUGAAUUUUGAAGAAUUUGUGGAGCUAUUCUCCAAAAGUGCUGUUAAGGAAAAGAAAAAGCCAAUUUCGGACACAAUCAGCAAGUCCAAGGCCAAGCAGGUGGUGAAGCUCUUGAGCAACAAGCGUUCGCAGGCUGUGGGUAUUCUUAUGUCCAGCAUUCACCUUGAUAUGAAGGAUAUCCACAAUGCCGUCCUCAAUAUGGACAACACUGUCGUCGAUCUGGAGACUCUGCAUGCCCUGUAUGAAAAUAGAGCUCAAGCUGAUGAGAUGGACGGCAUUAACAAGCAUAUUAAAUCAUCUAAAGGCAAGGAGGAUGCCAAACCUCUCGACAAGCCUGAACAGUUUCUAUUCCAGCUAUCCCAAAUCCCCAACUUCUCUGAGAGAGUGUUCUGCAUCCUGUUUCAGUCGACUUUCCACGAAUGUAUCACCUCAAUCCUCCGUAAAGUAGAAAUCCUUCAGAGAGUCUGCAAGAAUCUCCAGACUGGCGAGUGUGUACUGCAGGUGCUUGGCCUGGUGCUGGCCUUUGGCAACUUCAUGAACGGAGGUAACCGGUCUCGAGGGCAGGCCGACGGCUUCACCUUGGACAUUCUGCCAAAACUGAAGGACGUGAAGAGCAGUGAUAACUCCCAGAGUCUUUUGUCCUACAUCGUUGCUUACUAUCUAAGGCACUUUGAUGAGGAUGCUGGCAGAGAGACGUGUGUGUACCCUCUACCUGAGCCCCAGGACCUUUUUCAGGCCUCCCAGAUGAAGUUUGAGGACUUUCAAAGAGAUCUGCGCAAGCUGAAGAAAGACCUUAAUGCGUGCUCAAGUGAGACGGAGAAAGUUUGCCAGUCAUCCUCUGAAGAGGACCGGCAGCCCUUUAAGGACAAGAUGGACGAAUUUCUAAGCAAAGCUAAAACGGAGCUGGAAACACAAGAGGAGCAGCUGGCAGACACUCAUAAGAUCUUCUUGGAGUUGAGCGUGUCAUUCUCCGUUAAACCAAAGGCUGGAGAGAAGGAGGUCUCUCCCAACACUCUGUUCUCUGUUUGGCACGAGUUUUCCACUGAUUUUAAAGACCAUUGGAAGAAGCAGAAUAAGCUGAUGUUAAAGGAACGGGUCAAAAUGGCUGAAGAGUCCUUCAAACAGGCCAAGGAGAAGGCCUCCUACAAUGUGAAACCCAAACAUGCAACUGGAAUAAAAGCAAAGCUGGGUCAGAAGUUCUGAAGCAAGAGGAUGGAAAACGAUCAUCAAGCAGCCUAUUGCACAAGCACAGUUUGUACAAUCUUGCGUAAAUUCAUUGGAAGUUUGUACGAAUUUGCCUCCAGUAUUUGAUUUCAAUUAACUUCGACUUGUUUUUUUAUUGUGAGACCCUUCAAACUGGAUAUUUUUGUUUAAAAGUAGAAUAAAAGAUCACCUUUCCACAAAGGGGCUAUAUGUAACUUUCAAAAAUACUGCGUUUGUAGUGAUUCCUCAUGGCCGUUUGGUGAACUUCAGCAGUAACCUGUUGCUCGCUCUCCCUCGCGUGCUCGUCAUACGUGCUCGUACGUACACAAACGAGCAUCAUC